AUGGGCGAUAUUUCACGUGACCCACAUUGUCCGUGCAAUCGACCAGGCUUCGACCGUGUGGCGCCGAGGCACCGCCGCUCACGUUCUGUGUCUGCGUCGAAGGCAGCACGGGAUGUCGGUGCGCCGUACAGGGAGCCGCGCAGCAAGCGACUUCGUGAUCAGGUCGUCGAUGCCCGGGAUGCUUUUUCUGCGGAUGAGCGGGUAUUUAUUCUUACGCGUGAUAGAAACGAAUGUAAAGCGGAACUUCGCGAGAAAAACGAGCAGAUGAAGAAGCUUGAGGUGACGGUCCGUGCUCUUCGUGCACACAUGGUACGGAAUAUGGCAAAGGAAAGAGACUCUGUCCUCGAGGAUGAGGGUUCCAGCAUGGAUCCAGAAAUGAAGCGGCUCGUUGAUGAAAAUAUGGAGUUGGAGAGGAGGCUGCGUGAGGCGAACAUGCAAAUUAUGUCGUGGAAGCGUGAUGCCCGUGUUGCCCAAUUGCAGGAGCUAAAAGCGGAAUUGGCAGUAUAUCGAGCGGAGGUGACGCGCCUCUCGUCUCUGGACCACAGUGCUCGUGAGAAGGACAUACGUAGGGCUUGUAUGGGGUCCCGACUUCGCGAGGCUCUUGAAGUUGCACAGGAUAAGGAUAACGUGAUCCAGAAGUUGAAAGACGAACUGGCAGAGAAUGCCUUGGCGCUGAGGCGUUCCCUCGAUGACGCGAUGCGAGCCAACAGCACGGUAGAGCAGCUUCAGGAGGAGAAUGAUGCGCUGUGCAAGGAGCUGUGUGUGCUUCGAAAAACAACACUUCUGCUAACGCAAACACGGGAGGAGUUAGAGUGCACCCGUGGUGACCUCACGGAAGCGAAGGGGAGGCUCCGCGAGUUUGAACGUGUAAUGGAGGCUGUGGGUGGCCCAGCCGAAGUACUCGUUGUCAUCAAUGAGCGCGAUGCCUUGCUAGGUGUCUUGAAGGAGCAGAGCAUCCGGCAUGAAGCCCAGCGACGAGAGUUUGUGCGCCUGCAGAGAGAGGCAAACCAAGACCUGGAGAUGCGCCUUCAGGAGGCCCUUCAACAGGAGCGUGCAUUGGCAAAGGAUAAAGAGGCUCAAUUGCAGCGUGCUUCCAUAUUGUGGAAGGAAAGACAUGAACACUUAGCGUUGGAGACAACCGCUGAAAAGAAUCGCUUGGAGAAGCAAAUAAAAACUCUAAAGGAAAAUCAAGAGCAACGACAACAGGAGCUGCGCGUGUUAUUAAGCAGCAUGCAGCUCCAGCAGGUUGAGGGAGCGAAACAGGAAGCAUCGCCGGUGCAAGGCAGGUAUAGUCUGCAUCCGGAAAAUGCACCAGCUUCAACCGUCUCGACGAUGUCUCCCACCAGCGUGGCGCCUACCUCAUCUCUUUCGGCGUCUUCUAGCACCCCACUCAUGGAAAGCUCCAGUGGGGGCAACAUUGAGGCGGGGGGAAACCCACUGCUCAAAUCUGAUCCCUUGCAAGAAUGUCCUAGUCGUGAUGUUUUGAAUCGGGAAGGGACGCUCAGUCACUCUGAUAGCACUCGUAGCCGCGUUAAGGAUGUUUCUCUGAGCAGUUCAACUGAAAUUGCCCACGCUCUCCAGGGGCACACCGCUGCCACUGGUGCCCCUAGUGAAGAGGAGGUUUCCAUGGUACUAACGAGAAACAGCACCAACUACUCGGUCACAAAGAAUUCCACAGACGACAAGAAUCCUAUAAGAGACGAAAACAGUAGACAAACUGACGCCGAUCUACCUUUGUUUGAACGCACCAUUGUACCCCCGACGACACCCCCUCCUAGAGAAUGCGCGUUGCCUCCAGCAGCUGCUGUGCCCCUUCCUCCUACGGGAAGUGGGCUGGCAUCGGUAGCCAAAGAUGGGACUGGCAAUGACACUGACUCUGAGAGGUCGCUUCCCGUUCGUGUGCAGGUGCCACCGCCUCCGGCAGCUGCUGUGCCCCUUCCUCCUAGGGGGAAUGGGCUGGCAUCGGUAGCCAAAGAGGAGUCAGACAGUGACACUGACUCUGAGGGAUCACUUCCCGGUCGUGUGCAGGUGCCACCCUCACCUGCACGGUAUGACCAUGCCGUAGGGAUGGAAGGCCGGGAUUCUGCUGGAGUUUCCGCAUUGAGCGUUUCGACCUUGUCGGGCGGUGGUGCAAACUUGAAUGCGCCGCGGAGCCGCUAUCAGGAGGAUGGCGGAUGGGAGAUUGAUAGUCCCGUGGACGAGGAUGAAUCCUUUACUGUGCAUCACGUUCAGCACUAA